AUGAUGGUUCUGAUUGAGGAUGACUCGGGCUGCCUUCGGACUGUCGGAGCAGAAGAGCUCAUGAGAAGGAGGAAAUACAGAUGCAGAGAUAUUGAGAAGCUGUUCAAAGUAGUUGCAUCGUUGGAUAAACCGAUACACGUGAUGCCUCACCGUCGAGACUUCGUUACCUUCAAAAAAGACUCACUCAGCAGAGCCGAAGGGCAGCUGAGGCGACGAGAACACAUAGCGGACAAUGAUGCAAGCCGAGCGAGAAUCAUCGAUGCGGGCGAGACGCAGAGGCCGCAGGGCGGAACCAGCGAGCAAAUAUGGAGAAGAGCCGCGAGCGAGAGCCCAGCACUCGCUCGACAGCUAUGGAUCACAUGGGAUGUAAGAGAAAAGACUAGUGAUGAUGCUCGAAUAGAACUGUUUUCGGACAGUUUUCGAAGAGCAGGUGAAAUCGAGGAGCAUACGCUCCAGGCACGCGCAGGUGUCUGGAGCGUUGCACAGUUAUGUGGCCGACGUUACCCGGAUAUUGCAAAAAAGUGUUAUUGCCCAGCAAACUGCCAAUGCCCAACCCAGAGGAGUCAAAUACUCGGAAUUUUCGGGAACAAGCCUCCGUUUCGUAACGCUGAACUGCCGGAAAUUGUCGACCCGAAGUUACUCCGACCACUCGGUGUCGAUGCGCAGUUCACGCGAGACACCAAGUCUCACAGGCCUUCGAACACUGACGAAUGGAUAGGUACUGUGCGAGCUGUAGAUGGAGAAGGUUUGACAGAGCCGUGUUCAGGCACGACACGGAUCGACGAAGACGAGGGUAACCACACCAGUGGGAGGUGA